AUGUCUGCGACGGCCGCCGUCUCCGCCACCACCAUCGCCGCCACAUCUGCCACCACCUCCACAUCAUCAUCUUUUUAUUACUGCUCCCUGAGUCGACGUGGGAAUAUAGUUGGAUAUGGAUACAAUAAUAACGGGAUUCCCGGCUCAAGCAGAAGAUUUGGUGUCCGGUGUAAUCCUACUCCGAUUUUCAUUCCCUCCAUCAGUCAGAGAUCUAGCUCCCGUAUUGUCAUGGAGUGGCAGGACUGCACAGUGAAGAAGGAAAUAGAUGUGCCGACGUCGGUGGCUUACAAAUGCUAUUCCGAUCGCCAGUCCAUUCCUCGUUGGAUGCCUUUCAUUUCUUCCGUCAAGAUUUUGGACGAUAAGCCUGAUCUGUCACGUUGGUCUCUCAAAUAUCAAGCAUUCGGCCGAGAUAUUGAGUAUUCUUGGCUUGCUAGAAAUAUGCAACCGAUUCCAAACCAGAAAAUCCACUGGAGAUCGUUGGAAGGUCUGCCUAACAGGGGUGCUGUCCGGUUUUAUCCUAAAGGUGCUUCAUCAUGUCUGGUGGAACUCACUGUAUCCUAUGAAGUCCCUCAGCUGCUGGCCCCAGUGGCAUCGGCGCUGCAACCAUUUCUGGAGAGUUUACUGCUGGGUGGAUUGGAACGUUUUGCCAAAUUUGCUAAAGAGAAUUUGUCCCCUGAUGCAACUGUGUAA